AUGCCAACUUGUGUGGUGCUUGGGUGCAAAAAUAUCCAGUUCCGAAACUGCGGAAAAUCCUUUCACAGGUUUGUAAAAUAUAAAACUCAUUUAAUUCGCAUGUGAAGGGGAAAAAAUUGCCUCUUACGAGAACGAUAAUUUUUUUAAGGCAAAUUAUAAAAAAAUUAUUGCAACCCUGCAUCCUGCGUUUAAAGCUGCACUUUUUCUUUGGUUAAUUAUAAAACCAACCACAUAAUUAUAAUAAUAAUACACACACAAUAUAUAAAUACUUUGUGUUUUUUGUUUAUGUAUUGUCAUGCAAUUUGCAACAAUGUUUACGUUUUGUAUAUUAUUAAAAGUACAAAUCAUCGCCAUUUUAGAUACUUGUGUUGUGCAUUGUACAAUGAAAACAAAAUAAAACACAUUUUAGCAGCUAAGUACAGAAUGUUCUGAGCAUUUUUUCUCAAUUUGUUUUUUAAUUAUUAUCUUCGCAUUCAUUUAAAUACGAAAACAAAUAAAAAAAACCCAAUUGUUUGGGGAGGGAUAUACAUAUACACACUAUUUUAUGGCCAUGUUUCACUAGUGAAUUUUCGUUUAAACUUGUUUAAAGAACAUGAAUAUUGUAACAUUCAUAAGAAGGGACUGCAGUUUAUAUCAUUAAUUUGACUCCAUAGCAAAAUUGCAUAAAAGCUGUAUAAUAGUUCAUUUUUUGUAGGUUUCCAUUCAGUCGGCCACAGCAAUUACAGUUGUGGAUUUCUAGCCUGGGCAGAGCAAACUGGUAUCCCACAAAAACAUCUGUAAUUUGCUCAGAUCAUUUUGAAGAUUCCUGUUUCGACAGAACUGGUCAAACCAUAAGAUUAAGAGAUAAUGCCAUUCCAACCACUGUAAGUUUCUAUAUAAAAUACAGUAAGAGGAAGAUGAGUUCAAGUAAAACUUAUAACAUGUCAGUUAUCUACAUGGGCGUAUCGGAAGGAAAAAAUUCGGGGGGCGGAAAAAAAAUUGCCCAACUUUUUCGGAUUGUGCCCGCGUUGUCAAAAAAAAUUUCCGUAGAAACUUUCCAAAAUUGUUGUAGACGGGGGGGGGGAGAGGGGGAGGAGUGAUUACGAAAAAUUCCUAUUAGAUAGCAUAUUUCCCACAAAAUUGACAUUAUUACCCACAAAACUGACAGAAUUUGUCCCAUUUAUUUGUAUAAUAAGCUAAUAUUGAUCGACUGUGAAGCGAAUAUUGCCCGACUGACUUUGUUUGCCCAACAAACCCACUCCCCCCCCUGCCCGGUACGCCCAUGGUUAUCUAAUAAUGGCUAACCAUGCUGAGCUCAACAUGUAAAGAAAAAAAAACAUAAGCUUACCACUUACAUUACUAGAUUAAAAAUAUAUUGAGUUAAUGAUUUAAUAUUUAAACAACUUUAAUUCAGAUAUCAACUCUCGAAAACAAUGAACCACAGCAACAUCCAUUUUCAACUGAACCUCCUAAUGCGUCUGAUCAUGAAUUUCAUGUUACAUCAAGUCCAAAUACCACUACCAUGAAAAGAAAAUUGGAUGAGGCUUUGAAUAGAGUUGAAAACCUGAAGAAAAAAUUGAAGGUGACCCAACAAAAAUCACGACGACUUAAAAAGAAGGUGCAGUCAUUGAAUGAUGUGGUGAAAGCACUUCAAAAUAAUGGUUUGAUAUCAGAAAAAUGUGCAUCUAUUCUUGAAGGGACAUGCAUGGGUGUGCCAGAUGAGCUAAUGAGAAAGGCUGUAAGAAACAAGUCGAAGAAUAUAUCUAAAUCAAAAUACCCAGAAGUGCUCAAGGCAUUUGCAACCACCUUGCAAUUUUAUUCCACCAAGGCCUAUAACUAUGUAAGACGCACAUUCCACCUUGCGCUACCACAUCCAAGCACAAUACGGAGAUGGUACCAAACCAUCAACGGCAAACCUGGGUUCACACAGGAAGCUUUCCAUGCCCUUUCAAUGAAAGUUAAAGAUGCAACAAAGAGGGGUGAUGAUGUUCUAUGUGGCCUGAUGAUUGAUGAGAUGGCAAUCAGAAAGCAUUUGGAAUGGGAUGGACAUAAAUAUGUAGGCUUCACAGAUAUUGGGAAUGGUAUAGAUGACGGCAACGACUCUUCACCAUUGGCAAGUGAAGCCUUCGUAUUUAUGGCUGUAUCACUAAACAGCAACUGGAAAGUACCUUUAGGAUACUUCCUAACUGAUGGUUUGUCAGCAUCAGAAAGGGCAAAUCUUGUGAAAACAUGCCUGUUGAAGUUGAGUGAUAUUGGAGUAAAAACAGUGUCACUGACAUGUGAUGGUCCAAGCUGCAACCAAUCUAUGAUAAAGUUGCUUGGUGCUAAGCUAGAUGUUGAUGACUUGGAUCCAUCUUUUGUACACCCAGCUAAUUCAACCAAAAGAUCCAUGUUGUUCUUGAUGUAUGCCACAUGCUGA